UGCUUCAAUUUUUUUGUUUCAAAAUUUUUAUUUUUCUACAUUUUGCACUUGCCAGGCUGGGCUUAGAAAGUACCACUUUUUUACAUCUUUUUUUCAACAUACAGACUUGAGCCAUGCUUCGUGCCAGCCGCUUCCUCAAGAAGGGCUCCAGCAACAUUGCUCGGGCAGCAACGAUGGUGCCAGCCGCAGUGGCGCAGCGGAGCACACACAUACGGAUACACGUCGAGAAGGAGACAAUCGUCAAGCUGCUGUACAACAUUGGCUCCAAGAAGGAGGUAGAGCAGUACCUGGGCCAUUUUUCCUCAGUUGAGUCGCAAAAGUUUGCAGUCAUCAAGGUUGUCCAUGGUGCGGGCCCCCAGCUGAACAAGCGCCUUGAGGCCGCCAACAUUGAGGCCCGCUACGAGGACGGUAUCCGGAUCACCGACGGUCCGACCUGGCCAUUGCUCGUGAGCGAGAACCGCAAGCUCGUCGAGGCGCUUGAGCGCCUGGGCACGCGCGCGCGGCCCAUCACCGGCGGCGUCUUUGUCGCCGACUACCUCAACAAGGAUAAGUAUGACCGUGUCGGCAAGAUCGUGCGUGUCAACCGCGAGGUCGUCGAGAGCUCGAUCCGUGCCGGCUGCCUGCCCAUCCUGACGUCGCUGGCAGAGACGCCCGAGGGCCAGAUCCUCAACGUCAAUGCAGACAUUGCCGCCGGCGAGCUGGCGCGCGUGCUGGAGCCGCUCAAGAUUGUUUACCUCAACGAGAAGAAUGGUCUUUACCAUGGCACCACAGGCAAGCGCAUUGAGAGCAUCCACUUGGAUGAGGAGUACGAGGAUCUGCUGAAGGAGCCCUGGGGAGAUCAAGGAGCUGCUGGACACGCUGCCCGCAGCUCAUCAGUGGCCAUCAUCUCGGCGGAGCACCUGCAUAAGGAGCUGUUCACGCACUCGGGCGCUGGUACCCUGAUUAUGCGCGGCCACCGGCUGUUCAGCGAGCAAGACCUGGCCAACGUUGACUCGACCAUCUCGUCGGGAGCGGUUACCGCUGCCUCGUACUGGCAGAAGCUGGCCGAGCUCAAGCGCGAGGGCGGGCAGUACUGGAUCUAUGGUGACGAGCCCUACCAAGUGGCCGCCAUUGUUACGCGCAAGCCCGGCCAGAGUAUCUCCCACGUCGACAAGCUUGUUGCGUCCAAGGCCGCGGUCCUGGGCAACAUCACCGACAACGCGUGGAAGCUGAUCACCCGCGACCACCCGCAGCUCGCCUGGUCCGCGUCGCGCACCAACGAUGAUCUCUCGUGGCACUUUGAGCGUGCCGAUGGGAGCUGGGCCGUUGGCGACGAGAUCGUCUUCUGGUACGGUGUCGAGGACUGGAAGCAGAUCUCGGACCUCGUGGCCACGAAGGCCAAGUCCGCUGGUGUCGCAGCCGAGACCGCCAAGCCUGCGUCGGGCGUCCGCGCAUACUCGACCAUGGCACGUCGCCCCGUCGUGCCUAUCGUGCCCGGCGGCGCCCGUCGCAGCUACACGACGUCCGCCAGUGCUAACGUGAGCGCUGGCGCGCCCCUGCGCGUAGGCCUGAUUGGUGCGCGUGGAUACACCGGUCGCGAGCUGAUCCGUCUGAUCGACACGCACCCACGGUUUGAGCUGGCGUACGUGUCGUCGCGCGAGCUGGCCGGCAAGCCUGUGCCCAACUAUAACAAGUCGCAGCUGAACCACGUUAACCUCAGCGCGCAGCAGGUCGGUGAGCUGGCCCGCGGCGGCCGCGAUGCCGUUGAUGUGUGGAUCCUUGCGCUGCCCAACAACGUUGCCGCGCCCUUUGUCGCCGCCAUUGACGCGGCCACUGCUGGCGUGUCGAUGGCGCAGCAGCCCGUGGUUGUUGAUCUCUCGGCCGACUACCGCUUCGACAGUUCCGGCCAGUGGGCCUACGGUCUUCCAGAGCUGCACCGCCCGGCCCUCCUGGCCAGCACCACCGGCCGCAUUGCCAACCCCGGAUGCUACGCCACGGGCUCACAAAUGGGUCUUGCCCCCCUGCUCCCCUACAUGGAUGCCACCAGACUGCCCUCGAUCUUUGGUGUUUCCGGAUACUCCGGUGCCGGCACCAACCCGUCGCCCAAGAACGACCCCGCGUUCCUCCGCGACAACUUCAUUCCCUACGCGCCCGUCAACCACAUCCACGAGCGCGAAAUCGGCUAUUCCCUGACGCGCGCCUCCAAGCCCACCUUCCCCUUCAACGCAUCCAACCCGCUGCGCGUGCAGUUCACCCCCCAUGUUGCCUCUUUCUUCCAAGGCAUCAGCCUUACACUGCAUGUGCCCCUGCGCAUGUCCAUGACCGCAAAGGACAUGCUCGAAGUUUACCGCGAGUUCUACCAGAGCGAGCGCCUCGUGCAUGUCACGGAGAGCGCCCCGCUUGUCAGGGAUAAUGCCGAGAAGCACUACGUGGCUGUCGGUGGUUUUGCUGUGCCUCCUACGGAUUCUACUGAGGAAGGAUCGGCGAGCCUGGCGGGUCGUCGUGCUGUUCUCAAUGUCACCCUGGAUAACCUGCUCAAGGGCGCUGCGACCCAGGCUGUGCAGAACAUGAAUAUCGCCAUGGGUAUUGAUGAGUACAUGGGAAUUCCCGUUCAGGACGCCCCCACUAUGUCGCUGAAGUAAGAGAAACCAUUUUGGGUUUUAUUAAUUUUUCUUCCAGAGUUUUGUCAAGUGUCAAAAUAAGUAUUGUGUAUCAUUUUUA